AACUAGGUGUCGACUUGUACAUUUGCCUCGAACGCCGAAACACGGGUUCCGUUGUCCAUCACUUAAAUAACCGAAUGAAAUAACGUAGAAUUGAGAGGAAUUUACAGUCGGAUUGUUAUUGUGUGAGGGCGCGAGCAGGCAGCACUGACACACACGUCAGCUGUUUGCUGACGCUGCGUUUGCUGACGACAGCACGAGACGACACAAGAGUUCGUGUACAGAUUGUGCAAAGUGCGUUCGAUAGAGGCUCGAUUCCUGCACCCAAGAACUCCACGAGUAGUGGCAAAGUUGUGAUUUUCAAAAACGUUAGAAAAGCUAGCUAGCAGAAUGGCCACUCAGCAAGUAACUCCGAUAGGUGUAGGGCGUGAGCGGAUUGCGAAGAUGUCUGCGGAGGUGGUCGAUUCCAAUCCGUACAGCCGCCUAAUGGCCCUGCAGCGUAUGGGCAUCGUGAAGGAGUACGAAAACAUUCGCAAAAAGAGUAUUGCCGUCGUAGGUGUCGGCGGUGUUGGCAGCGUUGCUGCGGAUAUGCUGACCCGCUGUGGCAUUGGCAAACUGCUGCUGUUCGACUACGACAAGGUCGAAUUAGCCAACAUGAACAGACUCUUCUUCACGCCGGAUCAGGCUGGCCUCUCGAAGGUGGAGGCCGCGGCCAAAACGCUCAGCUUCAUCAACCCGGACGUAACGAUCGCAACGCACAACUACAACAUCACCACGGUCGACAACUUCAGCCAGUUCAUGGAGGCGAUCAGUAACGGGGGCGUGGUACCUGGCACGCCCGUCGAUAUCGUUCUCAGCUGCGUGGACAACUUCGAGGCACGCAUGGCCAUCAACACGGCAUGCAAUGAGCUCUCGCAGCACUGGUUCGAAUCGGGUGUGUCUGAGAACGCCGUCUCGGGACACAUCCAGUUCCUGCGGCCGGGCGAAACGGCCUGCUUCGCCUGUGCUCCACCGCUAGUAGUAGCCGAGAACAUCGACGAGAAGACGCUCAAGCGGGCGGGUGUCUGCGCGGCAAGUCUGCCCACCACGAUGGGCAUUGUGGCUAGUAUGCUGGUACAAAACGCACUCAAGUAUCUGCUCCUGUUCGGUACCGUUUCCGACUAUGUCGGCUACAACGCGCUAACGGAUUUCUUUCCCAUGAUGGCACUGAAACCGAACCCGACCUGCGACGAUCGGUGGUGCGUAAAGCGGCAGCAGGACUAUCAGGCACGGCCAGAGGACGAACGAAAUCCGCAGCACCAGCAGCAACAGGUGGAUGAUACGCCGGUGCAUGAAGAAAAUCCGUACGGGAUCGAGCUGGUCGCCGAGGAUGUACUUGCGGUGCAGGUUAGUGUUGGUGGGCCGGCAACCAGAUUAGCGGAAGGGUUAAAGCAGGCCUAUGAUGCUCCAUCCGCAUCAACAGUGACGAGUGAGUCACAGGCUGCAACCGAUGCCGACGAUGACACUAGCCUCGAUCAGUUGAUGGCCCAGAUGGCGAGCAUGAAUCGUUCGUAAAACCGUCACGGCAUGGAACAGCCGGCAGCCGGCUGCCUCAAAACCGUUCCGUGCGCCCACAAGCAGCGAUGUAAACUCUCGUCUCAUGUUGGAUGCACGGUUUCAGCUUCAGUUCAUGCUUCCGUAGUUUGAUGCGUGCUCGCAAAGCAAGGAUGGGCACUAUUAAACCGUCGUCCUCGUCGUCGUUUCGCUCCAGCUUUCCAAUAUCGAUUAUUGUACUGGUGAUCGGGGGCUACAACGAGGAACGUGUGAUUCUCGCUCGUAGUGGCAGCCCUUCUACUACUACCGCGGUGCCGCGGAGCAAGGUACUAUUCUUCUUCUUCUUCUUCUUCUUCUUCUUCAAUGAGGAUUUACCCCAGUACGGCUAUUGAAUCCAGCUUCCUGGGCCUUCGCAAGCUAGCCUGGAGAUAUAGACCUCUGCUAUUUUAAGAGACCGGCUACUAUGGCCACAUAUCCCAAUUUUCUGUGUAACACAGUCUAUUUGUUGAGGGUUUCCUGAUUUUUCAACACUUUUCCUCGUUAAUGUUCUGCUUCUCUUUUUCUCUUUCUUUUUUUUCUGUCAAUAGCUUUUCUGUCAUUGCUUCUUUUCGUUUAUGCAGCUGUUUCGGUGGCUCGGGCGACCUUGUGUAGGCACGAGUUGGCCGAACCCGACAUUUCUUUCGGGCCGCAGGGUUUUUACCCCGGCCUUAUUCCGGGCCUACUCGGAGGUUGAUUUUUGCAUGCCCCCACUCAGUCGCUCUCGCCCCUUCAGCUUCCUUCAGAACUCUAUCUUAUUUUGGAUCACAAAACUAGCUACGGUUUUGAGGUACGUCGCAUCCUUCUCUCUGAAACUUUUUUCGAAUCUUUCUAACGUAAUGCCACGAUUUCGUCUUUCCACCAUGUAUCUUACACAGGAGAAGGUUUUGUGUCUACCUGUCUCCGGUUCAUGGCAAAACUCGCAAUUUUCAUUAUUGGUGAUCUUCAUCUUAGCCAACCAAUAUUUGCUGUAAUCGUGUCCUGCGAGUAGCCUAUUGAUUAUCCUAAUUUCUUUAGGUUUCAGAUUCGUUUUGUUAUGCCACAUUUUAGUGGGUAUCAAGGUUUGGACCCUGAUUGUGCGGGUUUUUCCUUUGUCGGCACUGUACUGCGUGUACCACUGAUUGGUCUCUACCAUCAUUUGCAACGUACUAUUCCACAACGAUCGAAGUACUGUUUAUUUUUUAUUUUCCAUUUUUAUAUCACACACACAUACAAACACUUCUAGAAAUAUAUAUAUUUAUACGUA